GAUAUCGUCUUGUCCAUCAAGACGGGCGCGACAGAGGCCUUCGACAAGUUGCCAACCCAGCUACUCACUAUCCUGCAAUGUGCCGACACUCUUCUUCUCUUCUCCGACCUGGAGCAAGAUAUCCACUCGCUACACAUCCAUGAUGUGCUCUCCCGUUACGAUCCCGAGUUCCUCGAGAACCAUGCCGACUUCGAACUAUAUCGCAAGCAAAAAGAAUAUCAGGCCGAGGGUCGCGACAUUCAAACACUGAGUACCAUGACAGACUCCAACUCCGACUGGCGGACUGCUGGCCAUAACGCUGCGUGGGCUCUGGACAAAUACAAGUUUUUACACAUGAUUGAGCGAGCUUGGGAACUACAGCCAGACAAGGAGUGGUAUGUCUUUGCUGAGACUGACACUUAUAUCGUGUGGCGCAACCUUGUGCGAUGGCUACAGAACUUCGACCCAAGCGAGCCACUGUACCUAGGGCGGGGCGAGCCAAUGAAGAAAGAGGAGGGAGAUGGCUUCUACUUCGCACAUGGUGGCAGUGGCUUUGUGUUGUCGCGUGCUGCCAUGUACGAGUUUUGUGUCACAAAGAAGGGACUUGCUAGCCGUUGGGAUGCCAGGAUACCCGAUCUAUGGUUCGGCGACUACGUCGUUGCCAAAGCUCUCAAAGAAGAGCUUGAUCUCAAUUUGACCUCAGCCGCGCCCAUGUUCAGCGGACACAAGCCUAUGAGCUUGCCCAUUGGCACUGGCAUCUGGUGUCGCCCUGUCAUCACCCAGCACCACCUCCGAUCUGAAGAGGUUCAGACCUUGUGGAUGCUGGAGGAAGACUUUUACACAAAUUCGUCUUCAAGCAAUACACCGCAUCUGCGUUUCUCGCACUUGUUCAGAGACAUACUCUCUGGUGUAAAGUUUCCUGAGCUACGCGAGGAGUGGGACAACAUGUCUCAAGACAAUAUCUACACUAUCAAAACUCCUCGCACGAAAGAUCAGGCACGAAAGAAGCCAGACGAGCGUGUCGGUGAGCCCACCGUCGAAAAGGACCCGAAUUCUUCGCCUGACGCAUGCAAUGCUGCUUGCGAGGUCACAGAAACAUGUUUCCAGUGG